AAUGGCGACGGGAAGUUUGAAUGUGGGGGGAAGCGAUGAGCUCUCGAAGGACGACUUUAGAACACAGAACGCGGGAGUGAGCGAUAAGGAUUGGGAGACACGAGCACCGAGCAUCAGAUUCUUCCGAUAUGUGAAGAGCGUCAAUGCGCCACAGAGCUGUACGCUGGAAGCUGGUUUCGCCGUGCGUGCGACGAUCUGAGCUGCAACAACUGCGGUUCUCGAUUGCGUUCGAGCUGCCGCUCAGAUUGUAGAUGGUGCUCAUGGUGAAAAUGUGGAUGGAAGCAGGGAUGGCGUUUUCUGGAUUCUGAUGAGGGGAUGGGCAGAGGGAACAUCGAAUUGACAGCAGGUGUAGGAACUCUUGUUUGCAUCUGGUUGACGGAUUCGGAUCGCUACACACUGCACGUAAAUAUAUAGACAGACUUGCCUGAGCAUUGAUUCGCGGGGUCGAGAAGCGUUAGAGAGCAGGGCGGAGCUGCGGACGGCUUGUCGCCUCUUCAUUCACAGAUUCUCAUUAUCAGGCUGGGGACAUCUGUGAGGCCUGAUCAUGAGACUUUAUGCAAUCUAGUGAUGCAUAUUGCCGAUGGGGAAUUAUUUCCUGCAGAAGUGAAGUCCUUGGUCCUUACACUUGGUUUCUUGGGUGUCGGCACUCCUCGUACUCCUUGCUGGUCAGUUAACCCAGCAGCCCUUGUGAAAUCCAUCCCAAGAGUAAUGCAGAAUCAACCUUUGACAGAUUCUCAUCGAUAGUACUGUAGAUUCCUUGCAUGCUUUUUGACAAUUUGCAAACGAUUUAAUACGAUCUACGAUAAGUCGUCUCGGAGGAUAGGCAGCAGUCUCGUCGACGAAACGAGCCUAGUCAUGGGCCAGCCUCGUCCGUUCUUCACGCCCGAAUCUUAUCUCUUUUCAGCCAUACGAUAGUCUAAGCGUUAGCUCGGACUCUACCAGACUGCGGUGGCAUCUAUUGAUCCAAAAGCCAGCACAAGUGAAAAGAUCAUAUUGAGGUUCACACUGUACUAGUUUAUGUGAAUUGAUCGUUGGGUUGAAGUGAAGCAGACGGGAUAGCUCUGACUGGAGAGGAGACCAUACCAAAAGUUAGGUGCACACGAGAGAUGAUAAGAAAUUCCAUCUAGUACAUGGAGGGCGGCAGCUAUCGGAUAUGACGUUGGAGCUGAUUGACUUUUCUUUUGAAGAUGAUAGCCUCUUACCCACCACCGUCAGUCCACCUGAGGAUAAGCCGGUUGCUAGUGUAUUAAGACUUCCACCUUCAGUAAAGAAUGUGAAGAAGGCUCCCGGGGACCGUCAUAUUUCAGCUGGUAGUCAAGAAGCAGUCAGCAAUAACUCCUGUUCAACCCUGGAAGUCCAUGUGGAGGAAAAUGCAGCGCCGUCAUAUUCUGCCUUGCCUUCAACUAUGGAUAUCAACUGCCAAGGAAGCUCACAUUUGACGAAGAGUGAGGCAGGUGCGAAGGAAUUAGAAAUUCUCAACAGCAAAGUCACCAUGGCUAGAAGUGAAGAAAAACCUCUGUCAAAAAUUGUUCUUACUCCAACACGAGCAAGAGCCGUAUCUUGGAAUGACACAGGUUCGAAGUUUGCAGAAGGACAGCAAGCUAAGGAGACAGGGAAGCUGGAGGAAAAUAUCGACGAUGGCAAGGAAAACCGAUCGAAUCAAGAUCAAUCUCAAGUGGGGGCUAAAUUUGCUGACCCACCUGGAUCCAAUGUGCCGCCUAGGAAGACAAGGUCUGCGAGAGCCAUGCAUAGCUUACGAAAAAGUCUUGCAUGGGAUAAGGCCUUCUCAACUGAUGAAGGAAUCCUGGACGGCGACGAGUUGCCUCUAGUAGCGAAAACUCCAAGAAAGCCUGUAGUUCUUCCCCCCUUAGAUCUUCCGGACAUAAUGGCUUUGGUUUCACCUCCUCCGAAGCCUGCACCGUCUCCAUCCGUUGAUGCACCUAAACCUAACCUUGAGAAUAAUAGUUCACUUGCAUCGAAGCCAACCCCAGACAGUUCAGAGCAGCUUCCGAACGCUCCUAGUCUUGGUCCAAGCAACAAUUCCAAAUCCACGAUUGAGCUUGGAGGAAAAGAAGUCGUUUAUACCAUCGGAAAAGUGAAUGUUCCUAUCGUGAGCAGCGCUAAACAACCGACUUCUCAAAGUUUCUCGUCAGCUAUCACAUCUCCAACGGACAUUAAAGCUUUAUCAGCUAUCCCACGACCAGUGCCGGUUAUCCAGGUUAUAGAGGAAGCCGUGGAGAAGGGGACAAAGUUGCGACUUCCAGGCUCGUUGGCUCACGGACACCUUGACCUGUCAAGAGGAAUCUCAACUCAAAAGCUUGAAAAGGUUGUAGAUGGGCCUCUUAAAUAUGAGCUUCAUGCGAAAGGUCAAAAGGAUCUGGAAUCCGUGGUGAAACUCCAACAAAAGGAUAUGGAACCGGCUGUGCAAGUCAAGCCUAUGAAAGAAACGCUCACCCUAACUCGAUGUCGGUCAACGUCCUCUCUGAUCAAGCCUCCUUCAACCAGUUCAUCACUCUCGAAGAAAGUUUCUUCUGUGUCAAAGAAAGUUAAGGAUACUCUAGGAAGGGUUUUGCCAGGAAGCAUGGGGGGGAGGUCAUCUGCAAGUCGGAAGGCCAUUGCAGAAACUGCACACGCCGAUCGCUUACGACCGAUUGGGAAUGUCCCACAAACACCGCCGUCGUCAAGCUCAGCGUUAUCAAGCUCAGGGUUGAAGGUUCCAGGAAGUCCAGGACCAUCAUAUUUGACGAGAUCGAAGUCUGCCCGGGCAGCAGCCGCCAACCCGGUUGCAGAGGGCACUCAAAAGACUGGGUUAUUUGCGGAUUUGAGUAACAGGAAUACCUCCUCCAACGCACAUGGCAAACCCCCUCAAGCCAAGGCCACGUCGAAAGGAGAGAGCAUUUGGGGUAGUCUUCGUAGUAAAGCUGGAUCCUCAUCUACUAAGGGUGUCGAAAAUGUGAAACAAAAAACGCCCAUCUGUUGUAGUCCACGGGAUUUGAAAAAAACAGGGGGCUUUGAAGACGAGACUCCACAGUCGAUCGUUCAUGACCUUGAGGAAAUGCACUCUAAGGCAACUCGUGAUAUUUCAUCUCAGAGUAGCAAACGAUCCGGUCUCCGCCUGCCGUCUCCCAAAAUAGGAUUCUUUGAUGCGGGACGUCCGGCGGGUGCUCCAGAAAAACCACCGGUGGCAGUCACGGACGCUUUGCCAAAACACGGUCUUCCACCAAGACCGCCAUCCCAACAUGGCUCCACUUCUGCCCGUUUCGCACCACCUGCGCCUGUUGAUCCUUUGCUUGCGGCAGUCAGAGGCUAUUUGAGUUCUGGUAUACCAAACCCACCUCACGUAACAAGGGCCACUUUCAAAAGUGGGAGAAAAGGCUUAGUGCCGUCAGCAUCUGCCCCUGCGUCACCGCGGAAGAAUACCGAGAUGCUCUCGCCAGGAACGCAUCAAGCAGUCACCGGUCGUUAUCUGACAUCGAGAUCAAAUUCAACUCGUGUGCAUAUUCUAGCUAGUCCCGAACCAAGGAAGGAGGCUUCAGGGGCAGCGAGGAAGCUAAGUCUUGAGGACAAUGCUCAACAGGCAAAACAGAGGGCGAGGGAAGCCGAGGAUGCCGUUAUUGAGAGCUUUUCCGAAUCGGUUGGAUGUGAGGAAGAGGUUCCAAAGACGGAAGAUGUCCUACUACUUCAAAGUUCCAGCCAACCCACCGAGAUACACCCAGACUCUACUUGCUUCGACGCGAUGGAUACAUUUGCUAAGUACCAGGUCGAAUCGGCCGAAGUGAAGAAAACUCACAGGAACAAUGGAGCAUUCCCAGAUACCAGCUCUCAGACAGCCACGGAUAUGGAUGUGAUGGAUGUGACAUCUAAAGAGGAACAGGUCGAAGGAAAGGCGACUGAUGACAAAUGUCAAGGCUCCUCGGUAUCUAAUUACGAACCGGAGCUAUCAUGCACUCCCGAUGGAAGAAAUGUGCCGUCGCUCGUCACUGAAGUGAUUGAGAAUGUUUUAGUGGAGGGAACUCCUGGGUCGAAGAACGGGAGCAUGGAGGAUUUAGUAACUUCAUUCAACAACUCCCCAAGCAUCCAGUCCACAUUUUGGAACUUGCAAAGCUCCAGCCGAGCGCAAGUAGAUGAUUCGAUUCCCAGUAUGAAUGAACUAUCUCCAAUUGUCAACAGUACUUCACCUGAAAACCGGGAAUCUUUGGGCUCCAAAGAUAGCGGAGUGAGUGUGAAAGCUGACAUAACAGAUCAAGUCUGCGACCUGAGGACUCCUAACGAUCAUCACGAGAAGUUCAACUCAGAGCACGCAUCAAGUUCUUUAGGAAGAGAUCAUGGCAGAAGAAAGAGUAUAUUUGGUUGGCAAGAAAUGCAUGCAACCCUUUCAUCUCCUCUUUCUGAUGGCGCAAGAUCUGAGGAGCAAGCAGCUAAGUCCCAACAAUCAGAUAUGUCUGUAUCUCCUCCAACUUCACAAGAAAAGUUGAAGGCUCGAGCAUCCUUCGACUUGUCUACGAACAUUCCCAGUCCACUGGUAGAAAAAUCAUUGGCUGAUGAUUUUAAUGCGGAACAAGUGGACGAUGUCCGGAAACAGGAGCCUGGACAGAUCAUGAAUGGAUCCUACAUCGACGAUAUGCGGGCGCAUUCGUUUGAACAGCGAAAUGCUUGGGAUUCGUCCACUCAGUGCUGCUCCUCUGCGGAGAAGGAAGUAGAAACUAGUGUAGUCCACCCGACCAAGUCCCCAGAGAAGGAGAUUUUGCAAAGCAAGCUUGAAGAUUUCUUUGAUUCUCACUGGUCAGGCUGGCCAGUUUUAGAAACUAGUACAUCGUCAACUUCCACAAGUCGAACGCCAGUUGUGAGUGGUUUUCUAGCUUCUUCAACUCCUGAUUAUCGAAGAUGCUCUGAUGGUGCUGAGCACUCACUUGAUGAGAAUUUUGACAGCUUCAAGAAAACUACAUCCCCGAAGUCCGAUGCUGACACUUCUGUUGAUAAUAGCAAGCCUCCUGCUGUGAAUCGGGGUUUGCUCAGUACUGCUAUGGAAGGAUCACGAUUAUCAAUCACUCCACCUCUUAAGAAGGAGAGGGGAUUGCUAGCUUUGGCUCGAUCUGCCGUGAGCAGGUUAACGUCCUCUGGUGGCUCUUCGCCCCGCCAUGAAAGCAGCAAAGCAAUAGAUCGCGAUGGACCGGGUAGCGGGAGUUUCCGAAAGAGUAGGCGAAACAAGUCGAAUACCACCACUAAAACCGUGGACCCUGGCGAGAACAAUGAGCACGGAGGACCUCAAUCCCCUUUCUCGGAAGAGAGAAUAAGGGCCUUGGAAGCCGCUGUACAGGAAGCAAUACUGAUGAAAAGUACUGGAGCCGUGCAACACUCGCCACCUAACAAACCCCAAGCUCCUCCCAAUCCGUGGUCUCCGGUGAAAAGACCGGGACAGCAGCCGGGUCCGUUUGAUUGUACCAAGAAAACCGCUGUGAAUGCUUUAGGCUUAUGAAUACUAUAUGCCCACGCACGAAGAACACCCAAUCUGCUUGUACAAACUGCCACCUGCUUGCCACAAGUGCUGCAUCAGUUCAGAUUCAAAUGAUUUAUGACUACUCAGGCCCUGGAUUCACGAAAUUUGUACUCUGGUAUGGGGACGUAAUGAAAGAGCUCUGAAGUUGUCGCGUAAAAUAUCACUGUUCCAGUAUAGGGGGAUUUCUUACCCAUUGUGUUAUAGACGACUGGUUUGGUUUAUCUUUGAUCGAUACGAAAGCGAAUUACUCCAUGUCGGAUGUGUGUCAGCGUAUUUAUUGUAGCCCGGUUUGUUUUGAAAGGGUGGGGGUGGAAGCGUGUGGUAGUUUCUAAAGUAUUAUUACAGGUAGAUCUAGGUAGAUUUAUUGUCCACAAUCUCUUUCGACAACGUGGCUCCAUUUACUCCUUCUUUCUAGUUUCUUAGCACUCGGCAAGCAAUAAUCUGCUACAUUCAAGCUAAUUUGAUCUAGCUGACCUUACUGCUGUUGAGGCAAUUCUUCAGCAGUCGUUUCUGUUACUGCGUAAGUCGUAACUUGUGUAUCAUCGAGGAAAUCAUUUUAUACAAGGAUUAUCGAAUUUACUCAU